AUGUCUCCCUUCCGUGCAAGCCCAAAUUCAUCGGGCGUUUCUUCGAAUUCAACAUCCGAGCGGUUACCGUCAACCGCCAAACCUCCCAUGGCGUUUCGACUUCUGCUCGGCCUGUUAACCUUCUCCGAGCCGCCAAUCAGCGAGGCGGAAUGGUGGUUCUACUUAGGUCUCUCCGCGUUUCUCGUUGUGUUCGCGGGCCUAAUGUCGGGACUGACUCUCGGCCUCAUGUCGCUGAGCCCCGUGGAUUUAGAGGUGCUCGUUCAGAGCGGCACGGAGGACGAGCAGCGGCAGGCGGCGGCGAUUAUCCCCGUUGUGGAGAAACAGCACGAGCUGCUGGUGACGCUUCUGCUCUGCAACGCCGUGGCCAUGGAGGCCCUGCCAGUGUUUCUCGACCGACUCGUCCCCCCAGCCGUGGCCAUUGCUCUUUCUGUCUCCUUCGUGCUGCUCUUCGGUGAGGUGAUUCCCCAAGCCGUGUGCUCGCGGUACGGGCUGGCAGUGGGCGCCAAUCUCAUUCCCCUCGUGCGCUGCCUCAUGCUGCUCUGCUGGCCCAUCUCCUUCCCCAUCGCCAAGGUGCUGGACUAUCUGCUGGGGCAUGACGACCCGCUCUUCAGGCGCCAGCAGCUCAAGGCGCUCGUCAGCAUCCAUGGCGCUGAGGCGGGCAUGGGAGGGGAGUUGACGCGCAGUGAGACCACCAUCAUCAGCGGUGCCCUUGACCUCACACAGAAGACAGCGGAGGAGGCGAUGACCCCCAUAGAGUCAACGUUCUCUCUCAGCGUCAACUCGCGCCUUGACUGGGACACAAUGGGGCGCAUCUUGGCGAGGGGCCACAGCCGUGUGCCGGUGUACCGGGGCCAUCCCAGCAACAUCAUUGGCGUGCUGCUCACCAAAACCCUGCUCACCGUGCGCCCUGAGGAUGAGACUCCUGUCAGCUCCAUCUCCAUCCGCCGCGUGCCGAGGAUGGCAGCGAGUUUGCCGCUGUACAGUGUGCUGAACGAGUUUCAGAAGGGCAGCUCCCACAUGGCUGUCGUUGUCAAGAAGAAAACACCACCCCCCCCCACCCACGCCUCCCUCGCUGCUGCUGCCGCUGCCGCCGCUGGCGGUGCUGCUCCUGCUGCUGUGGGUGGAGGUGGCCUGGGGGGGUUGCAAGCGGGGAGUGCGGGGGAGCAGGCAGACGUGCUGACAAUCACCAUGCCCACGAGCACCUCCGAGUCCUCCCACCACGCGCUCUUCAACGACCCCACCUACUGCGAGACGCACAGCCAGGGGGGCGACAGCCGCCGCAACUCAGAGGACUUGCAUGAACAUGAAACAGCUGCUCUGGCGACGGGGGGUUCUUCCGCUGCUGCUGCCUUCGCCGCUGCUGCUGCCAGCGCGGGAUUUGAGCACACACAUGGGGUCGCUGGUGCUGCUGGCGGUGCUGGUGCUGCUGGCGGUGCUGGUGCUGGUGCUGGCGCAGGGGGGAUGCACGGUCAUGCUCCUGCUGUGGCAGAAGCAGGGUUGGGGCAAGCGCACAUGGCGGCACAUGCUCCCAUCAACCAUGUGACAUGGCAUGAUCAGCACCCAGGGAUGCCCCAUGCAAGAAGGGAAGGGGCAGUAAGGGCAGCAGGAGGAGGAGCAGGGGGUGUAGCAGGAGGGGGGGCAGCGGUGGGAGUAGCAGGGGGAGCAGGGGAGGAGGAGGAUGUAGACGUGGUGUAUUCGACCAAGGAGAGGAAGGCGAGGGCGGGUAGGAGGGAGGGCCAUGGGGCGAGUGGGAGGGCGGAGGGGCAGCGGAGGGAGCAGGAGCGGGAAGGAGCAGGAGGGGGGUGGAGGUGGGAGAGACGGGAUGAGACGGAGGAAGUGGUGGGGAUUAUCACACUGGAAGAUGUAAUCGAGGAGCUAUUGCAGGAGGAGAUAGUGGAUGAGACCGAUGAGUACAUAGACGUGCACCGACGCAUCCGGGUGGCAGCCAAAGUGGGGCUCAACAUUAUGCCCAGACGAGUCCCUUCAUCCUCCCGCAUGCUUGCCAACUCUUCACACAACCUGCAAGGCUUGGCCCGUCCAGAUGCCCGCUCCAACCCACCAGAUGUAGCCUCAGCAUUCGCUGCUGCCGCAGCUGCUGACUUCUCAGGCCUCCCCCGCACACCCCCAGGAGGGGCCAUGAGCGCCCCCACAGACUCAGGCAUUACGCAGCCUUUGCUUGAGAGAACCUGA